UAAUGUAGGCUCAUUUCCUUGGUUGCCGCUUGUCAUUCAAAUCAACCGCAGGAAUGAAGUUCCACGCAGUUUUUAUUUUGGCCAUUUGCGCGUGUGCACACAGCAAACUGCUCCAACUCAGUUGUAAGGAUAUCCGCCAGUUCGUCAAUUUGCAUAACCAGAAAAGGCUUGAGGUUGCACGAGGGAAUGUGGCGGGGCAGCCUGGUGCGACUAAAAUGAAUUACAUGGUCUGGGAUGCAGAGCUGGCUAAUAAAGCAGCUGGCUGGGUGUCACAAUUACGACAACUACAACAUAAUCCUAACAGAGAAAUUGCUUCCAAUAGAUUCAAGACUGGUGAGAACAUUUUUUGGUCCUCUAAAACAGACCCGGACUCUACCCUUAACAUCGGCGACGCGAUCGACUCGUGGUUCUCGGAACAUAAAGAUUACAGAUUCCAGCCAUAUAAAUCCUCUUCGCCCCCAGUUGGUCAUUACACGCAGAUGAUUUGGUCGGACACCACUUACGUCGGUUGCGCCAUGUCACGGUUGCAGAACGGGAAAUUUACGGAGUAUUAUGUCGUCUGCAACUAUGGGCCACCUGGAAACUUCAGGAAUGAAUUUCCAUACGAAGCCAGCGGCCAAGGAUCUCAGAAGCUGAUGUGUUCAGUCGGGAAGGAUAAAUGCAACAAACUGCCAUAUGGAGAUAGUUGUCCACGACAAUAGAUCGACAAAGUUCUCCAUCUAUCUAUAGAGGAAAGAUUGUGGAUUUUAUUCAAUAAAUUCAAAACAUUUUUAAA